CAAUGGGCUCCAUGGGUCUCACUCAGUCGUAGCUAUCGAUAGCGGCUUCAAUCUUGUUGAUUUCCUUAUCGUUAUCUCCCACUCUACUUUUUUUGUUUGUUUGUUUGAUGUCCGGGGCCUGAAUGCUGCAUCUGUUCCUUCUAGUCUACAACACGAGUGAAGAGUGGCGCCCUCCUCCCGCCUUCGAUGCCUGAAUCAGCCGCUCGAUCCGUCGGCGGCACCGAGUACAGCUGGUGCAGGUCCGUCCCGUCGGGCACUGGGAUUACCGUUCUCGGUCUCCUCCUCUCCAAAUCCCCUGAUGUUUCACUCCUUCAAACUGCACUCCGCAGUCUUCAAAAUUCCCAUCCGAUCCUUCGCUCAAGGCUUCGUCUGGACGCCUCCACCAACACCUUUCACUUCAUCACUCCUCGCGAUCCUCACAUCCAAAUUACACCCUUUGAUCUGCAAUACACGUCUCGCAUCAUCGGGAGUGAAUCAAACGAUCGGCCCAGCAGCCCCUUCCUUCGGAUCCUCGAGUACGAGCUGAAUCGGAACUCGUGGCGUGAUCAUAGCGGCUCAAUGUCCGCCGACACUGACGUCUUCCAUGCGAGCCUCUACACAGUAAGCGAUCAACAAUGGGCCGUAUUUCUCCGGCUGCACACGUCAGCAUGCGACCGUACGGCAGCGGUGGCGCUGCUGAAGGAACUGCCGGAGCGAGUGGGUGGAAGAGUGAAAGAAGGGAAAGGGACGGAGAUGGAAUUAGAGAGAAAAGGAAAGGUCAGGUUGGCAAUUGAGGAUCUCAUUCCGGAGGGGAAGGCGAACAAGCCUUUUUGGACGCGUGGAUUGGACGUGCUUGGAUAUUCCUUGAACUCUUUCAGGUUCUCGAAUUUGAAUUUCGUGGAUGCUCAUUCCCCGAGAAGCUCUAAGGUGGCGAAAAUGCAGUUGGACAGGGACGAGACAGAGAGGCUAAUUGUCGGAUGCAAAUCAAGAGGAAUCAAGCUUUGUGGGGCACUUGCGGCAGCUGCAAUGAUUGCCUCAUGGGCAUCUAAGCACCGUCCUGAUUUUGAGAAAGAGAAAUAUGCUGUAGUAACUCUCACUGAUUGCCGCUCAAUUCUAGAUCCAAUCCUUAACGGCAAUGACCUCGGAUUCUACCAUUCUGCCAUUUUAAACACACAUGAUGUGGGCGGAGAAACUCUAUGGGAGCUGGCAAGAAGAAGUUACAUGGCCUUUGAGAAUGCUAAGAACUGCAACAAGCAUUUCACAGACAUGUCUGACCUCAACUACCUCAUGUGCAAAGCCAUUGACAGCCCAGGUUUGACACCGUCAUCGUCAUUGAGAACGGCCCUAGUUUCAGUGUUUGAAGACCCUGUCAUCCAGGAUUCGGAGUCAGAUAAAAUGCAUCAAGAGGUUGGAUUGGAAGACUAUGAGGGUUGCUCCUCCGUCCAUGGCGUGGGGCCAUCCAUAGCCAUAUUUGACACCAUACGGAAUGGAAUGCUGAAUUGCACAUGUGUAUAUCCGUCACCCCUUCACUCUAGGGAGCAGGUACUGAAACUACUUGAUCAUAUGAAGAAAAUCCUAGUGGAUGCUGGUCACAUUAAUUGAAGAUCGGUAAACUGAACUGUCAUGGCUAUUAUGCACCGACCAAUUCAUUGCUUAGCUUUGCCUUGUGAUUCAAUGAAGUUGCCAAUUCCUGCAUGAUAUAUCGAGAGCAAAUAUUGUCACGCCGGGAAAAUGAGAACAGCUCAGUCAAAGAUGCCAGGGUAUUAGAAACAUGAACUACCGUUUAUUGAGACCAAAGAUGCGGUCUCAAUUCUUAUAUAAUCACUAAAAAUGGGUAUUUUUCAUGUGUUUAUUUUCAUCUCAAACUUCAACAAACCGUGUAGCUGAAUUAAUUUAUGUCAGUCUACCCGUAAAUCUUCCAAGACAAGCACAAGGUUCAAGAAAACCUCCCCGAUGUAAACUGAUCGCCUGUUUAAACCUUUUUUGACAUCGUGAA